AUGUUUUAUCAAAAAGAAAAGGAUCUUUCCAACCCUUCAAAAGCUAUUAUUAAGCUUGCUAACUGGUUUUCUAAACCAGAUAUAGUUAUUCAAGUUGAAUUAAUUAUUAUAUUUAUUAUGUUUAACGAAAAACA